AGGCAGGAAAUCCGCAAACGGUUCCUCAGACAACAUAAAGCGUGGCGUCUCAACGGGCGGCGCGGUGAAAUGAAACAAGCGGCCGUUGUGUCUCUGAUGGGAUCCGUUCAGUUGGCGGAGGAACAACAGCAGCAGCGGAUGGUACAGAUUCGGUUUCCAGCCUCAAACCGAGAUUUGUUACCGCAUUCUGUAUUUAUGUGAAACAAAAGGUGACAUUGUCUUGUAUGGAAUGACAACCUCACACAGAUAUAUUGAAUCAAAACCAGCCGCUCGGUUUGCUGACAUGGAGUGGCAGACACCAGCUGUGUCAGAGAAGUUUCAAAGCCGCUUUGGCCACCGGCCGGGAACGGCAGACAGCGGGGACACUGGUCUUGGCACCUCGGCAUCUGACAGCACAGAAGAUUUCUGCAGUUCCAGCAGCAGCAGCAGCCCCCCUUUCCAGCCCAUCCGCAGUCAGAUCCCCAUACCCACUGCACAUGUCAUGCCAUCCACGGCCGGAGCCCCGGCCUCUAAGCCUCCGUACUCGGUCCAGGAGGACUCCCUGUCCUCUGAGGGUCACCGGUCUUCCUCUGGCUCCAGAACCUCCACUUCAAAGUCUUCCUCUCUCUCCAAAUCGGCGUCUUCGCCCAACCUGGACGCUCAGGCCGUCGUGGGAGCCGAUCACGUGGGGCCAAAGCCAGACUGCCUGAGCCGGUACCUCAGCCUCGUCAAUGGACUGGACCACUCGCUGUUCCCCUCGGAUCACACGCGCAUGGACGAGUGCCAGAGGUUUGACACUCCCGCCGUGGAGCCUACGCUAAACCAGUCGGCCCUGUUGGGGGGGCUGUGCCCCGACGUCAGACUCCGAUUACAGACGACCGGGAUUAGAGACGCCCCCGACUGUGUGUCUGAGGCCUACAGAGGAGGCAUGGAGCACAGCUAUAAGGUUCUGCCUGAAGCCAGGCCGGCAGAGGCCUCUAACCAGAGGGGCGGUCUGCCCGGUGCGGCCGGAUCCGCCGGAGUUUAUGCAAACCCUCUCAGCCUGCAGACACAGGCUCUGCUGAGGGAGCACGCCGGCUCCAAAGGUUACGAGCCACUGCGGCAGGACAGAUGUGGUGACCUGUCCAGCUGGCAGCAACAACAGCAACAUAAGCAGCAACUGGAGAGUUUACGCAUGCAAGUGGAACAAAUGCAGCUCAUGAGCUCUGGAGUGGGCCAGUACCCGUCGCUGUACUCGACGCCCGCUCACUCAGAGUCUGGCAAGUGGGAUGCUCUGGUCAAAGCCAGUGAGAGUCUGCUGAAGGAGAAGGAGCUCAUCAUUGAGAGACAAAAGCAGCACAUGACCCAGAUGGAGCAGCGCAUGAGGGAAAGCGAGCUGCAGGUCCAUGGAGCCCUGCUGGGUCGAGGAACGUCUUACGGGGAUAUGUGUAUGCUGAGGCUACAGGAGGCCCAGAGGGAGAACGUCUUCCUGAGGGCCCAGUUUACUGAGCGCACCGACUGCGUUGUCCUGGAGAAAGUGGAGGCGGAGCGCAGACUCGGGGCGGUUGAGGCCGAGACGCGCCGACUAACCGACAGCCUGAAGGAGACCUGCGAGAGACAUGCGGAGGAGAUGAGGAAACAGGAAGAGAGGAUCCGCAGUCGAGACAAGCACAUCAGCAACCUGAAGAAGAAGUGUCAAAAAGAGACGGAGCUGAAGAGAGAGAACCAGCAGCGUAUUGAGACUCUGGAGCGCUACCUGGCUGACCUGCCCACCUUGGAGGAUUACCAGAGUCAGAACAAGCAGCUUGUGGAGGCUGAACAGCAGGCAGCUCAGCUACAAGAGAGGGUACGAGAGUUGGAGGUUUGUCUGGAGACAACGCGCUCACAACUACGAGAAAAAGACACACAGCUGGACGAUCAGAAACGCAGGGAGAGGGACCUGCUGACCACCAUCACAGAUAUGCAGCAGCGGGUACAGCAGGGCCUGGAGGAUGGAGCCAGAUUGCCUUCCUUGGAUAUGGAGAAGCUCAGAGGAGAGAACAAUAUGUUGAGAGAGGAGCAGCAGAGACUCAAAAAGGUCAUUGAGAAGCAGCACAGAAUGAUGGAACAGCUUGGCUCCCAGAUCCAGACUUUGGAGGAGCAGAUAUCCCAGGAGGAGAGCAGCUCUCAGGCUCUCAGAGAAGACGUGUUGGCCAAAGAGCAGAAUGUGUUGGAGCUCCACACAGCCAUGAAGGAGCUGUCUGCCCAGAACCAGGAACUGAUGGAGCAGAAUCUGACACUGCAGGAGAAAAUGAGCGAUCCAGAAGAGAGGGGCACCGACCAGGCGUCAUCUGCCCUGGAGCCCGCCGGGACUCUUCUCACCCAGGGGCUUCAUGUAGAGAUCGCGUCCUGCCUCAGUGACCUGCGCUCGCUGUGCAGCAUUCUGACCCAGAGGGCUCAGGGACAAGAUCCCAACCUCUCCCUGCUGCUCGGCCUCACAUCGCCUCCACCAGUGGCAGGGCAGGACGAGAACUGGAUGAGUCCAGAGGUGCUGCAGAAGAAGCUGGUCGAAGCUCAACAACUCCGUCGGGAUGUCGAGGAACUACGCAACGUAAUACUGGACAGGUACGCGCAGGACAUGGGAGAGAACUGCAUUACCCAGUAGCCUUGCCAGCCAGGUGACGUAGGAAAACUUGCAUCCGCCCCCGCUGCACCUCUGAAGCGUCUAAAACGGGCUCGUCUUUGAUGACCGGUUACUGAAUGUCAGAAAGAGGACUUAAAAUGAGGACAGAGGAAAGCCCAAAUGGUUUAGCUUCUACUUCUCUCGACUGACUGUACGUUGAUUUUCCAGCCUGCCUGUAGCUCAGCACCCCCCCCCCCUCUCCCCCGGUGAGUUAAUCUAUUUCAGUCCAAGGGCUAACGGAAAAUAACUUACCUCUAAUACUUGAUCCUUAAGCGUUGUGCGUGUGUUUUAUUUUGUACCAAUGAUGACAUGAAUACUGUCAGUAACCAAACAGUCUUAUCCGUUUGUUCCACUCUCGUGGAUAACCAUUUGUGUAGAAGUCCCGACGAAUAUAAUUUAUUUAAAUCUGAAUUUCCCUCUCGAGGGAGAUUAUCCAAGAAGUGGUUGACAAUCAACUGGAACUUUUUUUUUUUUUUCUUUUUUUAAACCUGUGCUUUUAACUGAAUCCACAAGUAGAUGUUACUAAUGUACCAUUAUUUAAAAUGGUGAAGACUUGUAACAGAAGACUCUGCUGUGCGGUAUAAGACUUGAUACUGAAGAGGUUAAUACCAAAUCAGCUUCUCACACCAACGGGCCUACAACAGUUUGAUUACCAAAGAAACUCUGGUCGACGCAGCGAGUCUGAGUGUUUGUGAACGCUUCUCUCUGCUGCGGGCCUCGUUCUGAAUGAACACCAACAUGUGCCUUUUUCUGUCACGUUUGCAACCGCGAUGCUAGUUCAUGUCAAGACGAACCACAAAGGGCUGCAGCUGACUCUUCCAAUACGACCUUUUGUCUCAGCGUGUUAACCAGCGGGAUAGUCCAUACAUUCCCUGACUCUGAAUGUAGCAGACAAACUUUUGGGCGGAGGCCCCUACACUGUUUUUGUUCCCGGUAGAUAAACAAAGUUAAAACUUGUCGAAUCUGCUCCGUGUAGAUGAAUAUAUAACGUUACGGCUUACUGUACAUUUCAGUUUGAUAAUGGCUGACUCGCAUUUUGACAGAGUGGUUAAAGUGUUUGAUAACUGUGUGACUGACAAACAGUAUUAAUCUUCAGUAUUAUUUAUUUUCUAUUGUUCGCAUUGACAACUCUGUGAAAGCCUCUUAAUGUGUCGCUGUAAUAAUAUGCUUAAAAAUGUUUGAGCUAACUUGUGUUGCGGUCCCAUGAAGUGGCUUUUAGAUUGUAAGUUCUUCCCCUGCUUUGAUGUUUCAUGUUGGACUCGAUGUUGGGCCCGAUGAGUGUAAAGAUUGUCAUCAGUCAUUGAGGGAGGAACAUGUUUUAAUCCAAUGUGAUGGUGGUGGGAGGGGCUGGCUGGAUCAGCCCUGAAUCACAUUGUACAGGAUGGAGUUUUAAGCCAUUUUAAAUGAAGAAGAAAAAAAGGUGACACUUUACAGGAAGAGAAAGGGAUUUUAAUAUAAAUAUAUGCAACAACACACCCAGGGACAGACGAGCCAUUUUUCAUUUCAUGGGACCUCUUUUUUUUUUUUUCUUUUUUUUUUUUUUUAAACGUGAGUAGCACAAGAUUUAUCUUUGGAAAGUCGGGCUCCGCAUGCCUUAACAUCUCAAAUGUUUUGCAAAAGGGAAAAAUAUGUUUAUAUUUUCAUACUUUUGUCCUUGUUUGUAUUUGCAUAUUUUAGAAAUAAAGAUUUUCAACAUUUCGUUUUGUUUUGAAUUGAACUUGAUUUUCAUUUAGAUAUUUAAAUACAGUAUUUCCGUUCCUCCUGUAAUAAGGGAUCUUAUUAGAGACCCAGUGAGACGGAAAUCAGAGCUACUAGCAUCUGUACUGUGACUGUUCCCCAGUGGAACAGAAUGUUUGAGUGGUGUAAAGUUUCAUGAGGGAUUUAAAUCAAAUCCUUUGCAUUUGAUUGGUCUUAAAAUGUAUCUUGAUACGGAGUUACAGAGGACUGUGGCUCCACACACACACCGCUUUAGUAAAAGCUGCCGAUUGAUGGAUGGAUAUCACGAUAUUAUUGGUUGUUUACUUAUUUUGUUUUCCAGGAAGAGAUGAUUUAAAUUAAAAAAUACAAAGACUUUUUUUUUUGUAAUUCUUUACCAAUAUAAUGUUAUGGUGCACAAUAUGACCGGGGAUGUGAUCUAAAAGGGCUAACAAUGUAUUUUUAAUUUCAUCCCAACUAUAAACAGAUUGCGUAUCAGCCAUGACGUGAUCUGUCGAUCCACAUUUAGAGGCACAGCAAUCCCUGUACUCGUGUUACGCAACAUAAAAACAGUCCCAGUCAGGGGUCAGUUUCGGGGUAUUUUGCAUGCUGGCUCACUGUCACGACUUCUUGGAACACUUGAAUAGUUCUGAGCCAUCGUUAAUGUGAUUAGUAACACCUGUGCUUUUCUAAUAUGACGAGUCAAAAAGGACUGCUGUGAAGGAAACUGAUACCAAACCUUUUUAUAGGUUCAUUUUAUUGACUUCAGUCAGUG